CCUCGGCAACCAAUUGUGGACGUUAAAGAGGUACACAAUCGCUGUAGCAUUCCCAACUUGGUAAACCCAAUGCAACCUUAUCAACACCAACACCAACCCAGCACAGCACCAGCACUUCCAAGGUUCUCAUGCUGCAAAUGAAAGAGAGAGUUACUACUUGACACUGCGGCUUUGUGCGAGAUCAUCUCUAUCCUGUAUUUACUCCUAACCUAGGUAAACUUCCAAUUACCACGACAAAACAUACCGUCUUUCAUCCCACGUACCAUCGCCAUUUGUACCACUCCGACAUUCGAGAAGACUUCAAAAUAGUCUGCCUAAUCCACCACACUCCGAAUUGCUUGCCGCCUACGUUUACUACAUAUUCUAUCUCGCCUUCGACUCUUUCGACAAGCAUUUACUAGUCGAAGGCGGAGAAUUUACGACAAAUACCACCUAAUUGCCGUAUCGCGUUCCCCUAUUUCUACCUACGCUGCCCCUGAGCGGCUGGGGAGCCACUUCCGAUCAAGAUGGCUCACCAAUGGAUUAACGUCCAACAAAAGACGUUUACUAAAUGGAUGAACACCAAGAUUCUGCCGAGGGGCGUGGUAGUGAAAGAUCUCGUUACAGACCUAAGUGAUGCCGUUCUCCUGAUACACUUGCUCGAGUGCUUGUCGAAUGAAUCCUUGGGACGAUAUGCCGCGAAACCGAAGUUACGAGUACAGAAGUUCGAAAAUGCCAAUACAGCGCUCAAUUUCAUUAAAUCGAGAGGGAUACAGAUGACCAAUAUUGGUGCGGAAGAUGUGGUCGACGGCAAUCGCAAGAUUAUCCUAGGUUUAAUCUGGACCCUCAUUCUGCGAUUUACGAUCAGUGACAUCAAUGAAGAGGGUAUGACAGCCAAAGAGGGUCUUCUAUUAUGGUGUCAACGCAAAACGGCAUGUUAUGAUGAAGUCGACGUUCGAGAUUUCAGUACGAGUUGGAAUGAUGGGCUCGCCUUCUGCGCCUUGCUCGAUAUCCACCGACCCGACCUUAUCGACUACGAUGCCCUAGAUAAAUCAGACCAUCGAGGGAACAUGCAGCUAGCAUUCGAAAUUGCUCAUAAGGAGAUCGGAAUUCCGGAUUUGCUAGAUGUCGAAGAUGUUUGUGAUGUUGCCAAGCCAGAUGAGAGGAGUUUGAUGACGUAUAUCGCCUAUUGGUUCCACGCCUUUUCGCAGAUGGAGAAGGUUGAGAAUGCUGGUCGACGAGUAGAGAAGUUCGUAAACAACAUGCAAGGGGCCUGGGAGAUGCAAAGCGCCUACGAGAGACGAAUGGCCGAAUUGUUGAAGCAGAUCAGAGAACAAGUAGAGCAGUGGCAACAAGCAACAUUCGAAGGAACCUAUGUCGAUGCAAAGAAGCAAGCUGCCGAAUUUGCGUCCUAUAAAAGGGGUAAGAAGAGGGAUUGGGUCGCCGAGAAGAGCGAUCUAGCGACAUUACUAGGAAACAUCAAGACCAAACUGGGCACGUACCGACUCAGAGCUUAUGAACCACCUCCAGAGCUGUCGUUAGAGACUAUGGAUAAAGAGUGGGCUAGAUUGACCGAAGCUGAGAUGAUGCGUGCCCAGCUCAUUAACGAGACCAUAAGAGACAUCAAGAACGCCCUCCGUAAAUCAUUUGCCGACAAGGCGAAUGAUUUUGCUCUAGCUCUCAACACAAUGCAAAUCGCGAUCUCUGGUCUCGAAGGUGAUGUCGAAGACCAAUUAUUGCACGUGCGAAGACUAAGCGACAACCUACCGCCGCUAGAUGCAUACCUAGAGAAGAUCGCAGCAGUCGACGCUAAGUGUCAGGAAGCCAACAUCGAAGAAAACGACUUCACAACGUACACGUAUGAUGAACUACUAUACGAACUCGGAUUGGUGAAAUCGUCAGUACAGAAGAAGCUAGCCUUCUUAGAGAACCAGAUGGUAGCGCGCAGCAUGACGAAUUUAACACCAAUUCAGUUGGAGGAGUUCGAAUCGGUGUUCCGGCAUUUUGACCGAGACGAUACCAAUUCCUUAUCAGAGCUCGAGUUUUCGGCGGCACUUGCAUCGCUAGGGCUGGUGUUUAGCGAAGAUGAAAUGCACGAUUAUUUCGUGGAUACAUCACGAGGCCGCGAUCGUGUCACCUUCGAGCAGUUUAUUCGCUUUAUGGUUGAUGUAACUGAGGACCAGAACACAGCCGAACAAGUCUUCCAAAGCUUCCGCGAGGUCGCUGACGGUAAACCGUAUGUUACCGAGAUGGACCUCCGGCACUCUCUCGUACCCGACGAAGUCAUCGAGAAACUUUGUGAAAUCGUACCUCCGCAUCAUGGACCCGACAUGGCCCAGGACCGUGGCGUGCCUCAAUUUGACUACAUCAGCUUUAUGGAGAAGAUGAUCUCAGGCCCGCGGCAUGAUGGUAGCAGUGAAGGCGGCCCAGUAGGAGGGGAAGGAGGUGGUCCGCUACAGGAGAUAACAAACGGACGCGUCAGCCCGACAAAGAAAGCCAACGGAUUUCACUGAGUCCCUUUCCUCUCUAAAUCGAACAAAACCUAAAUUCCCCUCGCCUCGAGGUUUGGCUACAUCCUAUUUAAUACGCCGAAAUGGGCCAGGAGCACGGCCUGUGGCUGUUGCUAUUUCGCAUUUUUUAUACUUCUUUUGACGUUGCUAAGUAGCAAACAAGCAAGUAGGGUGGAGGAAUUGGAUUUUUUUUUGCCGAAAAGAGGACCGAGCGGCUGCGCAACGAACACUUCUACAUAACACAAACUAUUAGGUAAUCAAUGGGUGGGCCAAAAAUAAAGGAGACGAGAUGAAGAGGCGAUGUGAUGAGAUGGGAAGUGAGAAGACUGAACUGGACUUGCUGGCUACAGCAAUGGCUAGGCAGAGAGGACAAGUACGAGUUGAGGAAGAGCAGAAGGGUUAAGAGCUCUAAGCUAGUAAAUAGUUAUUUAUACCUAAGUAGAGAGCAGCAUCAAUCAGGGUGUCUGUUCUCCUUUUUCCGAGUUGGACUGAUUAGUUGGUACUGAUUCGUCGUUGGUGGGAUGGUGUGGCCGGCUUGCUUGCUCUAUAUAUUGUUUCGCACGAAGUUGGCGUUGCGAACUGGAAUUGGAACGAAUCGAGGUCUUGUUCGUAGGUAAUAUAUCCCCCUCUUGAUUCAUAUAUAUAGGAAGACAUAAACAUAAAUACACAUCUUGAGUAUGAUAA